ACGGUGGGAAAGGGGUUGAGGUUUAACCCCACGUUGGGUCAGUGGCCACUAUAUAUAUGAUGCCGUGACGCAUUAUACAGUGGGAGUAAGGCUGGAGUUUUGGUGAGCGAGAGCUAAAAACAAAAAAGAGGGUGUGUGAGCGUGCGUUUUAACCUCAGACGAACACUGAAGGAGGCCAACACUCUUCAAUUCAUACCGUUCUGAAAUCUUUAUAAAAAGGUUUAAUUUGGCGGAGCAUCUCAGGUCAGGAUUGAAAAGCUUUAAUUUAUCGACGUGUCCGAGGAAGGUUGGUUGUUGGAGCUCUCAGAACUUGUCUUGGUCCGUGAUACAGUAAGAGACAUGGCUGACAGUGGCAGCAGUGCUGAUGGGAGCAGUGAAGGAUUAUCAUCUGUUCUGGUCAAUGAGAAGGGAAGUAGAAAUAAGCGUAAAUAUUUAUCUGAUUUGUCGGUCGACAUUCCAGAAGUAUCAAGCAUGUCUCUGACGGAAUUCCCUAGGUAUGAAAUGCUAGAGGAAAAAUAUAGGAACGCUCUGAAUGAGUUGGGAUCAAUGAUGGAGAGGUCUGACGACACUCUUGAGGAGCAUGAAGUGGAAGAAUACCUAAAAGCUGAUUGGGACGAUCCUAUAUGCUGUCAGCUGGAGGAACUUUUGACAAAUAAUCUGUUCACCACUUUCUGCAGUGCUGUGAAGAAGAUUGUUGAAUCAGGGUACACUGAGGAAGUUGCUGAGUGGGCUGUUCUAAAUAGCAGCUUGUUCCAUGGUAGUAAAGAUGCUGUAUCCAAUGUUGUCGAUAGUGCUUUGGCGUUACUAAAGAAGGAAAAGGAGUUGAAUACACCUAAGCAUCCUGUAUUUGAGGGACUGCAGUGCCUGGUAGACUACACGUUACUUGAGAUGAUUCACGUGCUUCGAGAGGUUAGGCCAACUUUGACUGUUGCAGAAGCAAUGUGGUGCCUAUUAAUAACUGAUUUGAACCUCGUAAACGCAUGUGUAGUCGAGGGAGGUCCCCUCGGUGGUUCUUCUGGUCAGGAAGCUCAACGAGGAAGCCCAAGACUUUCCCAAUCCAAAUCUGAAACCUCCAGCACCAGUCAAGCAGAUACUAACAAAUUGGAUAAUCCAAAACAAACAAUGCCCCGUGCUCAGAGUUCUCAGCAUGAAUUCCCGGUUUCUGGGCCUGCCCCUCAACCUCUAAGUUCUAGAGCUGCACCUGAUGAAUUGGCUAGUACUGGGAAAGAAAUUUCUCUUGCUCUUCAGGAAGCAAAAGGAAAGCUUUCAGUCAUUGGUAGGGAGCAUAUCCAGACUUCAACCCAAGCAAUGGUCACAGAUGAGAAAUCAGGGGGUAGUAGAAAGGGGCCGUCCACUAAUUCCAAGCGAGAUAUGCUUCGGCAGAAGACAUUUCAUUUUGAGAAGAAUUACAAGGGUCGCAUGUCGAAGGGGGCUUUUAAGGCCAAAGUUGCUGCCUGGGGAAGUAUGGUGUUGGACAAAUCACUAAAGUCGCAAUCUGGUUCUUCUGGUGUAGUAAUGAAGGGAACAAAGUUGACUACUUCAGCUGGAACUAAUAGAUCUCUUGUGGAAGGAAGCCAGCCUCCUUCAAGCAAUCUGCAGUCUGCUGUACCCUCUGGCGUUCUAUCUGAUCCUGAAUUUCCGUUACCUGGUUUCAAUUCCCAAUCUCCGGAAUCAUCGGUCCCGGAUACUGCCCCUUGCGCAAAGGGUGAAAUCACUGUUUCUGAUCCUCCUAAGAUUACUGAUUAUUAUGCUUUAAUUCCAUUUGAUGAAACUCUCCAGAAGCACAUGCCGCAAGAUGACAAAGAGGAAACCAUUCUGAUGCUAGUGCCGCUAAAGCAAGCACUUGAAAAAGAGCUCCAAGGUUGGACGGACUGGGCAAAUGAGAAGGUUAUGCAGGCUGCACGAAGGCUUGGAAAGGACCAGGGAGAGUUGAAAAUGUUGAGGCAAGAGAAAGAAGAGACAGAAAAAUUUAAGAAGGAGAAGCAGUCCUUGGAGGAGAGUACCAUGAAGCGGCUGUCUGAAAUGGAGUAUGCAUUGUCUAAUGCCACUGGACAGAUUGAGGUGGCUAACUGCACCGUUCGCCGGCUCGAAGAGGAGAAUUCUCUGUUGAAGAAAGAGAUGGAGGAUGCUAAAUUGCAGGCUCUAAAGUCUGCCACUAAUUUGCAGGAAGCUUUGAUGAGGGAGCAGGAGGCUCUUAAGAAACUGCAGUCAUGGGAUGCGGAGAAGGGUCUAGUCCUGGAGCAACUGACAGAUCUGAAAUCCCAAAUAGCUGAAUUGGAGAAUAUACUAGAAAAGGCUAAAGGACGACAGAAUCAGUUCAAGGUUCUGCUGAAGCAUGAAGAGAAGGAGAAAUUAAAAGUUGUGAACCAAAUUGAUACUGUGAGGAGGAAAAUAGCAGAAGAAGAUGCUUUGCUGAAAGUAGAAGCAGACAGGGUUAAACAGACGGCAGAAAUGAGCAUGCAGAAAUGUGAAGAAGAUAUCAAGAAUCUUGAGAAUAUGAUCUCAGAACUGAGACUGGAGUCUGAUAAAUCGAAAAUAGCAGCUCUAAAUGUGGGAUAUGGUAGCUGCUUGGCUGGUGAAAACAUCUCCGCAUUUCCUGGAAUGCAUCUUCCUAAAAUCACCAAGAGGUUGGCCGUAUUUCAAGACAACUUUGGGGGCGACGACGUAAAACCAGAAAGGGAAUGUGUCAUGUGCAUGACAGACGAGAUAGCUGUCGUUUUCCUCCCGUGUGCACAUCAGGUUCUUUGCGGGCAAUGCAGUGUUCUCCAUGAGAAGCAAGGGAUGAAUGAUUGCCCUUCUUGCAGGACAACGAUCAAGAAACGGGUCUCUGUCACUUACCGUGCCGAUUAGUAUCUUCAAAGAGUAGAUGUUUGGAAAGUGGAGGUGCUGAUCCAACUUUUGGUGAACUUGAUUACAUUCAGUAUAUCGGUCUUAUAAUACUCUAUAGUACAGUUGAACCAUGAAAGACAAGCUAGAAACUGAGAAAAAAGCUUAGAAACUUUAGAAUUAAUGCUUGAGGAAUCAACUUGGUGGAGUUGGUUUACAUAGUUAUAGGUAUGUACAUUUUGAAUCAGAUGUUUCUAUCUACAGUAUCUUUCUUACCUUUGGUGCUAUAAAUUGCCAUGCUAUAAAUU